AUGGCCGAGCCCUGGCACCAUGGAGUGGAGCAGGAGGAUUUUGUAAUGGAAGGGCAUGGCAAGACUCCACCUCCUGGCGAAGAAGGCAAACAAGAGAAGGAGCAAGAAAGGGAAGAACAGUUAAUGGAAGACAAGAAAAGGAAGAAAGAGGAUAAAAAGAAAAAAGAAGCCACUCAGAAGGUCACGGAACAAAAAACCAAAGUGCCCGAAGUGACGAAACCAAGUCUAAGCCAACCAACGGCCGCCAGCCCCAUUGGCAGCUCUCCAUCGCCACCAGUCAAUGGUGGCAACAGUGCCAAAAGGGUGGCAGUGCCGAACGGACAACCGCCAAGCACCGCCCGCUACAUGCCUCGGGAGGUGCCGCCGCGAUUCCGUUGCCAGCAGGACCACAAAGUGUUACUAAAACGUGGGCAGCCCCCUCCACCAUCCUGCAUGCUCCUCGGGGGCGGAGCGGGGCCUCCUCCCUCCACGGCGCCUGGAGCAAACCCCAACAACGCACAAGUGACAGGAACGCUGCUGCAGGGGGACAGUGGGACUGCACCAGUCUGGAGCAAAAGCACACCACCUGCUCCAGAUAAUGGUACUUCAGCUUGGGGUGAGCCCAAUGAAAGCAGUCCUGGGUGGGGCGCAAUGGAUGAGACAGGAGCACCGACCACAGGCUGGGGGAGCACACCUUCCAGUGCUCCAAAUGCCAUGAAGCCUAAUUCCAAAUCUAUGCAAGAUGGCUGGGGGGAGAGUGAUGGGCCAGUGACAGGAACUCGCCAUCCCAGCUGGGAAGAGGAGGAUGAUGGAGGAGUCUGGAACACCGCCGGCUCUCAGGGAAGUGCUUCCUCCCACAACUCAGCAAGCUGGGGACAAGGAGGAAAGAAGCAAAUGAAGUGCUCACUAAAAGGAGGAACCAGUGAUUCAUGGAUGAAUCCGCUUGCCAAACAGUUUUCAAAUAUGGGAUUACUGAGUCAAACGGAAGAUAGUCCAAGCAGUAAAAUGGAUCUGUCUGUAGGGAGCCUUUCAGAUAAAAAGUUUGACGUGGACAAGCGAGCAGUGAAUCUCGGGGAUUUUAAUGAUAUCAUGAGGAAGGAUCGAUCUGGGUUCCGUCCCCCUAAUUCCAAAGACAUGGGAACCACAGAUAGCGGGCCUUAUUUUGAGAAGGGUGGCAAUCAUGGUUUGUUUGGAAAUAGCACAGCACAAUCGAGAGGUAUGCACACACCAGUGCAACCACUAAAUUCUUCUCCUAAUCUCCGGGCGCAAGUGCCUCCCCAGUUUAUUUCUCCCCAGGUUUCUGCCUCAAUGCUCAAGCAGUUUCCCAACAGUGGCCUGAGUCCAGGUCUUUUCAACGUGGGGCUCCAGUUAUCUCCUCAACAAAUUGCCAUGCUGAGCCAGCUUCCACAGAUUCCCCAGUUUCAAUUGGCAUGUCAGCUUCUCUUGCAACAGCAGCAACAGCAGCAGUUGUUGCAGAACCAGAGAAAGAUUUCUCAAGCUGUGCGGCAGCAGCAAGAGCAGCAGCUUGCGCGAAUGGUGAGCGCCCUCCAGCAGCAGCAGCAGCAGCAGCAGCAGAGGCAGCCUAGCAUGAAGCAUUCACCAUCUCAUCCCGUUGGGCCCAAGCCACAUCUGGACAACAUGGUACCCAACGCUCUGAAUGUGGGGCUCCCAGACCUUCAAACCAAAGGGCCAAUACCUGGAUAUGGUUCUGGCUUCAGCUCUGGCGGCAUGGACUAUGGCAUGGUUGGUGGGAAGGAGGCUGGAACCGAGUCUCGCUUUAAACAGUGGACCUCCAUGAUGGAGGGGCUGCCCUCUGUAGCCACACAGGAAGCCAAUAUGCACAAAAAUGGCGCUAUAGUGGCCCCUGGUAAGACCCGAGGAGGGUCACCGUACAACCAGUUUGAUAUCAUCCCAGGUGACACACUGGGUGGCCAUACGGGUCCUGCUGGUGAUAGCUGGUUACCUGCCAAAUCUCCACCAACAAAUAAAAUCGGAAGUAAAUCCAGCAAUGCCAGUUGGCCUCCAGGAACUCAAGAGGAGUGGAAUCCAGAGGUCAACCCAAGCCGCUUCCUGGCACAAGCUCAGCCCCCUACACCUGCAGCAACCCCGAGUGCACCGGCCGCAGGUUGGCAGUCGCUGGAAACCGGCCAGAACCAGUCAGAUCCCGUGGGACCGGCUCUGAAUCUUUUCGGGGGGUCCACGGGGCUCGGGCAGUGGAGCAGCAGUGCUGGCAGCAGCGGGGCCGACCUUGCUGGCGCUUCGUUGUGGGGGCCCCCAAACUAUUCUUCUAGCUUGUGGGGAGUCCCGACUGUGGAAGAUCCCCAUCGGAUGGGCAGCCCUGCUUCUUUACUACCUGGUGACCUUCUGGGAGGAGGGUCGGAUUCAAUCUGA